AUACUUUUAUAACAAGGCAAAAGCUACUUUAUAGUAUGACGGUUUGUGUUAUCUACCUACCCACAAAGAUUGAAUUCUCUCACACAACAGUCCAUUUUGAAAAACGGCUUCAAUUUGAUGCGUUGAAUACUGAACGAAAUAAAAUUAAGAAAUAAAACAGUUAGUGCCAAUGUAGUGAAUAAAAAGAAAACACGACAACCAACUAUGAAAAAGGAAAUUUGCUUCCGAUUUACCUGGAUCUAAAAGCAUGAGAUGAGGUGCAACCGCGAACUACUCCCAGCUGCCGUCAUCCCAGAAAGGUCCCCAACAACCUCGAAACUAGUCGGAUCUUACACUGGACUGCGCAUAACAUUACACAGAUCGUGAGAGCGACUAAUGAUGUUUAGAGAUACGGAUUAGUUGACUGCGCUCUUAUUUCCUACUCUGUGCAUCCGUUCGUUUUAAUUUAAUUUGUUUUUCUAAUGCAAUGUCUUCAAGUCAAGUCUACAAACUACUUCGGAUGCAUCUCUUUAAUGACAAAUGAGAUGCCGAUACAAAUUAUUUUUUGCAAAGGAUAGUUCAACUCCAAUAUUAAGAUUUUGGAAAAGAAUUAAUCUCACUAGCAAACAAAGCAUAAAUUGCUUCAAGAGCUCGUUUCCAGAAUCACUACGUGUAUUCUUUUGAAAAACAUGUUCAAAGGAGUUUACAGUUUUAAAAGCUAAGCGGUUAAUUCAUUCUUAAUAGAGCACCUUUUCACUCUUUUAACUAUUUUCAUAGUGAGCCCCGCGGGGUUGUUGUAUGUUUUCCUUUAUUAUCAAGAUGUAGAGGCGAGUCUGUGAGCGCACCUAAGAAAUGUACUUGCAAUUUACUUUAUCGUCGAAUUCACGUACAACGUUCUCAUACAUGCAAUAUGAUGUGAUGACAUAUGAUAACAUGUCAAUUCUAAAUUUCAUUUGUCGCAUGUCGAUUACGAUAUUAUAUCAUCUUUACUAUGCUGCUAUGAAUAAGCAUGUUUCCAUAUUAAUCUCAUCUAUCCGUGGGUUCCCAUUGCCGAAACAUCUAUACAAAACAUAUAUACAAGUGUUUUAGAACUCCCACUGUAUAGAAUAUGUGAACCUUUAAAUCUAAGACGCUUUACCAUAGACUCGUGUGUUCAACUUGUUUGGGGCUUCCAAUUUUUACCAUCAAUAACUUUGAAAUAAGGAAUAAGUAAUUAGACAUUUAUAAAAACCUUUUGUAUCUCACAAAAACAUGUUUUUUACUCUAUGAAGAAAUUAACGUCAGUUGCUUAGCAACGAUUGCUACGAAAAAUAAACAAUUAAUUAGUCGCUCAGUCCCUUUUUCUUUUAUCUAUUUAAAGGUAUUUUGUUAACAUUUUCUCGGAGUUGUUUGUUUGUAUUUUAUUUAAUUAAAACAGUGAGAAUGGGCGGACAUAAAGUGAUAAUCUCCAUAUCCCCGGAGCUCGGAGGUAAAAACGAAAAUGCAGGUUGCCAGUGCGAAUUGGGUCGCGACAAAUUAUUGACCGCACCGCCAUACCGUCCAUGUCCCAUGCAAGAUGAUGUACCAAAAUCUCGGUUUUCCACUGCCCCUUGUCGUCGAGACUUCGAGCAAUACAAAUGCCCCGUCAGCCAUACCCUGGUCACUUUCAAAUCUCCCAUGCAUCCUAACGAAGCCUUCAGUAAAGUCUUCCCAAGUAAUACGCCUAUAAAAUUUGUAAAGCGUAAAUUGGCAAAGCUGCUAUCCAUUUCAAAUAGCAAUUUACUGCUUACUAUAAAUAGGAGCAUACUUAAGGAAACUAGUUUGCUUUCCAACUUGAAAACUGACGCUCACGGCAAUUUGACGAUAGACGUUUACACAAAGGAUUCCGAAAAGUUUGCGUUAUCGUCCAUACCCAAAGAGAACUACGUUCAUGAACUUCUUCAGUCGAUCUUACCGAAGAAAAGGGCUCUUCCUUUUAUAGCAAUAAAAUUUAGAAUCCGAAAUCAAUUGAGCAUUUUUACUAGAUCGUAUCACUCUGCUAUAAAAAUACACGAGAUUAAAAAGAAUUUAGCUGGAUUAUUUCAAGUGGCCCCUGAUAACCUAGUACUAUUACGCGGUGAAAAUCCGCUGAAAGAUCGAAUGGCACUUUUGGACCUGGACUAUAACAAAUACGGAAUCGUUGAAGUCGAAUUACUGACAAAGGACAAUAAAAAAUUGAACUUGGACAAGUUGUAUAAGGAAGUGCCUACGAACGAUGUCUUGGCAGUGACUGUGCCAUUUGGUACCGGCUUAAGACAACUAAAUGUCGAAGUAUUCUCAAGGCCAAUUGAAAAACCUUUUCUGGGUGGAUAUAAAAAUAUACACACAGGUGUUAUAUAUCAUCAUGCUUUCACACAAACACCUCAAAAGCCGGAGAAAGUAUCGCCGGAAAGGAAGAACUGCAGAGAUACUCAAACUGCUGAAGAAAUCGAAAGAGUUCUGGAAACCAGUUACAAUCGAGCUACACAAAUGGCCAACGAGAAAGUGUAUAUUCCUAGUGUGACCGACAAAAUUAUCAUUCCUAAACGUUAUGAGACUUACGAUGAGAUGAUAGCGAGGUUGAACCACAAACAUUACGCAUCUAUCAUACAGCGCGCUUUCCGACAUCACCAGUUUAGACAGAAGGUGGAAAAAUGGCUGAAAGAGUGCAAAGAAAGAAUAAGAAGGAUGCAGGAAGAAGAUAGACUAGAACGCGAGGCUAUGGAGAGACGCUUACGAAGAGAUCUCAUCACUAAAACUUUUCCUAAAACACGAGAAGACUUUGAUCAGCUUUACGCAAUGGUCGACCGGUGGAAACAUGGAGAAAUAUCAAGAAUUUCACGGCUGCACUCAAAAGGUCCCAAAAUUGCAGAAUUUACUUUGCUCCUAGAUAAAGAAGUUGAGCUGCUGCGAUGCAUCGAAUCUUACAGACUUAAAGUGAGGGAAGACAGUCGUAAGACAAAAGAGAAACAAUUCUUGGAGGAAAUAUCAAAACCAGUCGCUUGGUUCGGCAGAGACGGUAAACUGAUUACGAUGGAAACCAUAGAAAUACAGAAAGCGAGAAAGCUCAAAGAAUUGUAUAAUUCCUUUUUACGUGACGACUUGGAGGCAAACGAAAGAAUCGAGCUUCUCGUCGAUAUGAGAGCUGCACUUCAAGAAUUCUCACAUGACUUGGUUGACGAGAUUGUAGCUCUGUUGGAUAGAGAGUGCGACCUUCUUGUAAGAAGAUGCGACGAUCAUCAAUUAGAAUUUUUAAGACGAAGGAUCUCUGCAAGCGUAUUACAACUAAUAAAAACCUCGGAGCUAAAUUCGGGCGUAACUAAGUGCAAGGAUAUUAGAGACUACCAAAAGAUGGAGGAAGGAAGACUGUACUUCUGUGAAAUGUGCCAUCAGGUUAAGUUACACACUGAGUUCCCGUUGAAUGCUAAAAUGAGUGGAUUCCUCGUUUGCAUGUCGUGCUCUUGGAAGGACGUCACCGAAAGACUUUGGAUUGACAUGACUCCUUACAGAUUCAUUCUUAGGGCCGUUCAGCGUGAUGAAAGACGUCGUAAAUGCUGGGGAUCUUUAGCAUUUGUCCUACAGGAGAAAGAUAUAUUCUUCAUUGUGGAGAAACUCUGGCAUUCUCACUCUGCUAUCAGCGAAUGUGCCGACAUGUCUCAGUUGAGAUUGUGUCGUUGGCACGUCGCAGAGGAUUGGUCUCCGUGGAACUGUUUCCUGGUCACCGUUGAAGAAAUGAAGGAGCAUUUGAAAUUGGAAAAUCCGGAGGCGGUAUACGAUGAAGAGCUGGUAAGUAAGGUUGCAAACAAGCACAAGCUCGCCCGCGCUAAUUUCGAACAGUUGAUAUCUAUCAACAAACGCUUUACCGAGAGCGGCGACUGGCAAGGAAUUCGGGCGCCUGCAAUAGCACAUGUCAACGCUGUUGACCGCAUUACUUUGGGUAAAUUUGUAUAGCUUUUACUCAUAUAAAUCAUGUUGAUUUUGUAGAUUAUAUUGUUUUAUAUUAUAAUCGAUUGCUUUGUAUAUCAAAUGUUCAGCGGGACUAGACAAAGUGCAUUCGCUCCGAAGCGAUUCCAUAACGAACUUCAAAAAUGUAUAGAACUAACAAUAACUUUCGAUGAGUAUUCACGUGAAUGAUCCAUACAUUUUUGAAGUUUGCUAUGAAAUCGCUUCGAAGCGAAUUCACUUUGACUUACCCCGCAGGUAUAGCAAGGAAAGCAAUCGGGCGCUUAUAUUUUUAAUGAAUGAAUGAAUAAUGCUAUAAUGUUCUGUGAUUAUUAUACGCUUUCGUAUUUUUUUUUGACACCUUGUUUAGAGAUAGCAAAGGCUUCAUUCACACAGAUUCGCUUUUUUAGAUCUCUAGCACAGUAAGAUACCGUUAGCUGAAAUUCGAAUCUUAGCCGUCUAGAGUACGGUCCCUUAAUCACUGCUUUUUACGAAUAUUGCAAUUGCUUUACGAACGAAUAUUGCAAUAAAUUGUUUUAUCUAUUUCAAUGUUAUAAUUAGAAUUAUUUUAUAUCA